CUUCAUCUAUGCAACGACUGUCACUUAGUACGUUUUGACCCUUUCGACUCCCCGUACGGAAGGAGUGGCUCCUUAGUUCGACACCGCCUCACCCGGUGAACGACGGCGGCGGCUGACGAUAAGGAUUUGUAUUUGUGAAAAACAGAUUUAUUUGUCUCGUCGAUGAGCCACACUGUGCCACCAUGGUUCUAUACGAAUAUGUCACUCAGGAGCAGCUUGCCGGCUUCGACAAAUAUAAGUACAGUGCCAAGGACACGAAUCCCCUGUCCGUCUACGUCAUGCACCCUUUUUGGAACUCUGUGGUGAAGGUUCUACCGACAUGGUUGGCUCCAAACCUCAUCACAUUCACAGGCUUCAUGUUUCUUGUGUUGAACUUCAUCAUGUUGGCCUUCUUUGACUUUGACUUCACAGCCUCUUCUGCAGGACACGAGCACGUCCCUAGCUGGGUCUGGGUGGCUGCUGGGAUCUUCAACUUCUUAGCGUAUACACUUGACGGGGUUGACGGUAAACAGGCUCGCCGCACAAACUCCUCCACGCCUUUAGGAGAACUCUUUGACCACGGUCUGGACAGCUGGGCGUGCAUCUUUUUCGUGGCCACGGUGUACUCCAUAUUUGGCCGCGGAGAGAGCGGCGUGAACGUGGUGACGCUGUACUACAUCCUGUGGGUGGUGCUGUUCUCCUUUAUCCUCUCCCACUGGGAGAAAUACAACACUGGCGUCUUGUUCCUCCCCUGGGGGUACGACAUCAGUCAAGUGACAAUCUCUCUGGUUUUCUUUUUCACCGCUGUCGUCGGCGUGGAAACGUGGUACCGCCCCGUUCUGUGGAACCUGCUCUACAGAGACUUCUUCACCUUCAUGAUCAUCGCCUGUUCGUUCACCGUGACAUUACCCAUGAGUCUCUACAACUUCCUGAAAGCUCACCGGAGCAACACUCUGAAACACAGCAGCCUGUACGAGUCUUUCCUGCCGUUUCUGUCUCCUGUCCUCCUCUUUGGGCUGUCCACCACCUGGGUGGUCUUCUCCCCAUCCAACAUCCUGGAGCUGCAGCCCAGGAUCUUCUACCUCAUGGUGGGCACCGCCUUCGCCAACGUCACCUGUAAGCUAAUCGUGUGUCAGAUGAGUAACACGCGCUGCCAGCCGCUGAGCUGGCUGCUGCUGCUGCCCAUGACCGCGGUGGUGCUGGCGGCCGUCACCGGCGUCUUCACCAACGAGACGCUCCUGCUGUAUUUGUGGACGGCUGCUGUCAUCCUGACGCACGUUCACUACGGAGUCUCAGUGGUCCAACAACUCAGCAAGCACUUCAACAUUUUUGCCUUCUCCCUUAAGAAGCCCAGCAGUGACUGACAGGAGGAGGAGCGAAUCGGCUUGACGGGAGCAGAGGUUUAAGCUACUUCUCUCCUCAGCUCACCAACACUUCACCCGUCACCAUGGAAACCGCAUCCGUUCCCCCCUCCCCUGGCCCUUCUCUCUUGAGCAAACGAACUGUGGUCCUCUUUCCAAAGCUCAGACACCGACCGAUCAAUCCGCGCUGUCAGCAGUAGCAGGAGGAAGGGCGGGAGGGAUGGAGGGAAGGGGCGGGCGCUGGGGGAGCCCUCGGCUUCUGCCACUGGUGAUUGGCCAAUUCAGCCAAUGAAGUGCAAUUGUUUCCUACGGAAAUGUGCUUCUGCCACGAGCACAGGAGUUGAGACAAGCCACAAAUAAACAAACGCCUGUGCAUUUACUGUGCAUUUACUCUGUACUUUUACCUUAUUGACCUAAAGAAUAAAAUAAUUUUUAACCCCUUAAAUUGACUGUAAAAGCACUGGACAGCUCAACCCCUCCUUUCUCGUGUUCCCAAACAGGAAGUGCCACUGCGUCCUGAUACGGGCGCCGCCCUGUUGGAACCAGUCGCCUGUGAUUGGUCCGAGCGACUCGGACCAAUCACAGUCAACUGGUUCCAACAUGGCGGCGCCCGUAUCAGGAAGCGAUGGUGAGGGAUUUGAGGUUCGACAUUUUCUGUGGGUGACAUCAUGCCUCCAUUGUUUCUACAGUCUCACCCCAUAACGGCGCGUCUCAUCGGUCAUAAUUGGCCCGACGUGUUCGAUGCUGUUACAGAUGUAUCUUUUGUGGCAGGUAUUUGCGUUAAAAAAAAAAAAAAAAAGGAAAGGUCGUGAACGCACGCGCACAGUAUUAUGAAUGUAGAACAAGCCUUUGGGAAAUUUCCGUUGAGUUAUCCGAACUGGAGUGCUUCGAGGAGCGUCGGGUGGAUUUUAUUUAGUGUCACGAUUUUAUUUUGAUGUCAUCAGAUGGUUGAUGGGAAAUCUUUGUGUGAAAUGAACUAAUUUAAAGUGGCAAUGUGUGUGUGGGGGUUUUUUAUGAUUAAGUUACCUGUGUGAACACUAUCCGUUUUUUUUCCAAUUAACUCUACAUCAAUCGGAUUCUUGUAACCUGGGGACCUGUACUAACUGUUUAUCUCAGAGCACUGGCCUCCUGCCCCCCCCUUUGAGGUGUUGUGGUGUCACGCUGAUUCGUUUCUUAAUGCAUUUUUCUAUGCAUGUUGGGUGUUUUUAUGACUUUUUUUUAUUUGUUUUUGUUUGUUUUGUGUGCAAUGUUGUGGAGCGCUUGAAUGAAGAGUGGGUCUCAAAAACCGCCAGCGGAGCGGACUCACUCUGAAGCAGCAAGCCCUUCGCGGCAGGAGAGCGUGGAGGAAACCCCGCCUUCGCACAGACUUGUAUACUGUCUUUGGUGGAGGUUUUGGUAAAUUAUGGGAUUUAAAGAAGGAAAAUACAACACAGUCGUAGUUUAGUCAACAGCAGCUGUAAAUGUCGUAUCUCGUCCUCAUGAAGGAAAUGAAUAAAACAGAAUGACGGCUGUUGGGAAAGGCUUUCAGCAGGAAUGUGACUGGUCAAAAUCAACUCACAUUCAGUGAGAGUUUUUCAAAAGAACAGAGGAUGAAAGAUGAAAAGUUCUGCUGAUUUAAUCUGCGACGCCUGAAAUGUUGUGUAAAAACGGUUUACAGAGCAGCACUGAACAUUUGCGAUCAAACAGCUGAAUUUAUACACGGCUAAGAAGUUCCUUUCUACUGCAAAUCCUGCAUUUCUUUGUGGUUGUUUUUAUUAUACUUGUUUAAAUUCAUUUUAUUUUCUCUUUCUAACACGUGUGACGGUUUUGUUGUGGCUCCAAACAGAAGGUGUAGGGUUUCUGCACACUGCCCGGGUCUGUUCAGCUCCACCUAUCUGUUCAAAUGUGACUGUUGAAUGUGCGUGUAAAUACUUUUCAUUUGUGUUUUUUAACAACCAAUAGGAUAAUGGGACAUGUGAUUUGGGAACAACGCCGCCCUUCAAACCCUCUGUUCUGCAGCACUUAAGCAUUUCUUUCUUUUAGCCACUCGAUUGGAUCAACUCAGUGUUUUAUUUUGAAAUAAACGCAGCGACAGACUUCCUGUAAUUGAGAGAAGACGUGCCAUUCAGUGAAACCGUCUGGUGUGGCUGUUUGUGAAAUAUUUAACCAAUCUAAGAAAGACCUGUCCAGCAAACAAAUAAAUGUGAAUUUUGUUUAUCUGGA